UACCAGAGGCUCUGAUAGCGGCAGACCACCCUCGCAGCCUGCCCCACCGAGGUCAGCAGAGAAUGUGAGCUGGCCCCUCCCCGAUCCACUCUCUCACCAGGGGCCACAGUGACCCAGCACUGCUGUGCGUUCUCACAGGUGAGCCCACGCCAGCAUGGGGGACACCAGGGACCUCUGCCCGCACCUGGACUCCAUCGGGGAGGUGACCAAGGAAGACCUGCUGCUGAAAUCCCAGGGUACCUGCCAGUCGUGUGGUGUUGCUGGACCCAACCUGUGGGCCUGUCUGCAGGUCACCUGCCCCUAUGUCGGCUGCGGAGAGUCCUUUGCUGACCACAGCACCCUCCAUGCUCAGGCUAAAAAGCACCACCUGACUGUGAACCUGACCACGUUCAGGGUGUGGUGCUAUGCCUGCGAGCGGGAGGUGUUCCUGGCGCAGCGGCUGGCGACCCACGCUCCCCACGCGCCUGCUCCCGGCUCCUCACCCAAGCUCUCCGAGCAGGACUCCCCGCCGCUGUCCCACCCUCUGAGAGCCGUCCCUAUUGCUGUGGCAGACGAAGGAGAGUCGGAGUCCGAGGAUGAUGACCUGAAGCCACGAGGCCUCACAGGCAUGAAGAACCUCGGCAACUCCUGCUACAUGAACGCAGCCCUGCAGGCCUUGUCCAACUGCCCACCACUGACCCAGUUCUUCCUGGAGUGUGGAGGCCUGGUACGCACAGACAAGAAGCCAGCUCUGUGCAAGAGCUACCAGAAGCUGGUCUCGGAGGUCUGGCACAAGAGGCGGCCGAGCUAUGUGGUCCCCACCAGCCUGUCUCACGGAAUCAAGUUGGUCAACCCGAUGUUCCGGGGCUAUGCCCAGCAGGACACCCAGGAGUUCCUGCGCUGCCUCAUGGACCAGCUGCAUGAGGAGCUCAAGGAGCCGGCCGUAGCCGCCGUGGCCACGCUCACGGAGGCCAGGGACUCGGACUCGAGUGACACAGAUGAGAAGCGGGAGGGAGACCGGAGCCCCUCGGAGGACGAGUUCCUGUCGUGUGACUCGAGUAGUGACCGGGGCGAGGGUGACGGGCAGGGCCUGCACGGCAGCGGCAGCUCGCAGGGCGAGACGGAGCUGCUGAUCGCUGACGAGGCGGGCCGGGCCAUCUCCGAGAAGGAGCGCAUGAAGGACCGCAAGUUCUCCUGGGGCCAGCAGCGCACCAACUCGGAGCAAGUGGACGAGGAUGCGGACGUGGACACGGCCAUGGCUGCCCUGGACAACAGGCCCCCUGAGACCCAGCCGCCGUCACCGCGCUCCACCAGCCCCUGCCGCACCCCAGAGCCAGACAACGAUGCGCCCAUCCGCGGCUCAGCUCGGCCCUGCAGCCCUGGCCACCUCCAGGAGGGCCACGCGAAGCUGUCCAGCAGCCCGGCCCGCGCGAGCCCUGUGCGGAUAGGGCCGCCGUACGUGCUCAAGAAAGCCCAGGUGCUGAGCUCGGGCGGCCGGAGGCGGAAGGAGCAGCGCUACCGUAGCGUCAUCUCUGACAUCUUUGAUGGCUCCGUCCUCAGCCUCGUGCAGUGUCUCACCUGCGAUCGGGUGUCCACCACCGUGGAGACCUUCCAGGACCUGUCGCUGCCCAUCCCUGGCAAGGAGGACCUGGCCAAGCUGCACAUUUACCAGAAUGUGCCGGCCAAGCCAGGGGCCUGCGGGGACAGCUACGCCCCCCAGGGCUGGCUGGCCUUCAUCGUGGAGUACAUCCGAAGGUUUGUGGUGUCCUGUACCCCCAGCUGGUUCUGGGGUCCCGUUGUCACGCUGGAAGACUGCCUUGCUGCCUUCUUUGCUGCCGAUGAGCUGAAGGGUGACAACAUGUACAGUUGCGAGCGGUGUAAGAAGCUGCGGAACGGUGUGAAGUACUGCAAGGUCCUGCGGCUGCCCGAGAUCCUGUGCAUCCACCUGAAGCGCUUCCGGCACGAGGUGAUGUACUCCUUCAAGAUCAGCAGCCAUGUGUCCUUCCCGCUCGAGGGCCUCGACCUGCGUCCCUUCCUGGCCAAGGAGUGCAUGUCCCAGAUCACCACCUAUGACCUGCUCUCGGUCAUCUGCCACCACGGCACGGCAGGCAGCGGGCACUACAUCGCCUACUGCCAGAACGUCAUCAACGGGCAGUGGUAUGAGUUUGAUGACCAGUACGUCACUGAGGUCCAUGAGACGGUGGUGCAGAACGCCGAGGCCUAUGUGCUGUUCUACAGGAAGAGCAGCGAGGAGGCGGUGCGCGAGCGGCAGCAGGUGGUGUCCCUGGCGGCCAUGCGGGAGCCCAGCCUGCUCCGGUUCUACGUGUCCCGAGAAUGGCUGAACAAGUUCAACACGUUCGCUGAGCCGGGGCCUAUCACCAACCACACCUUCCUGUGCUCCCACGGAGGCAUCCCACCCAACAAAUACCACUACAUCGACGACCUGGUGGUCAUCCUGCCCCAGAACGUGUGGGAGCACCUGUACAACAGGUUUGGGGGCGGCCCUGCUGUGAACCACCUGUACGUGUGCUCAGUCUGCCAGGUGGAGAUUGAAGCGCUGGCCAAGCGCAGAAGGGUGGAGAUCGACACCUUCAUCAAGCUGAACAAGGCGUUCCAGGCUGAGGAGUCCCCCAGCGUGAUUUACUGCAUCAGCAUGCAGUGGUUCCGGGAAUGGGAGGCCUUUGUCAAGGGCAAGGACAACGAGCCGCCCGGGCCCAUUGACAACAGCAGGAUCGUGCAGGUGAGAGGCGGCGGCCACCUGCAGCUGCGCCAGGGGGCCGACUACGGGCAGAUCUCCGAGGAGACGUGGGUCUACCUGAGCAGCCUGUACGGGGGCGGCCCCGAGACGGCCAUCCGCCAGAGCGUGGCCCCACCCCCGGACCCCGGCAGCCUGCACGGGGAGCAGAAGAUCGAGGCCGAGACCCGGGCUGUGUGACUUGGCGGGCCAGGCUGUGAGUGCUCAGCCCGGUUCCGGCCCCCCGAGCCCUGCAGCACCGCGCGGCGAGGAAGCUGUGGACGGGAGGGUCCCCCGCGUCGCCCAGGACGCACCC